GCCUCUCAACAACUCCAUAAACACAUUACGCGGUUCUGGGCCACCCCCACCACUCCAUUUCUUCUAUAAAUACUCCCCCUCUCUUCUCCUCCCAUCUCAUGAAUGAGCGACUCAAGCCCUUUCAUGGCUACUCACAGGGUUCCUAGUGUCCUCUUCUUUGCUUUUGUGGGCUUAAGCAUAUGCUUUGCUGCUAGGGUCCUCCUCACUUUUGAGGAAGGAGCUGGUUCUGGCUAUGGCAUUGGCCAUGGCAUUGGUGGUGGCACUGGCUAUGGAGAAGUAGGGGACCAUGGUGCUAUGGGAUAUGGUGGUGGAGGUGGAAGCGGCAUUGGUGGUGGUACUGGCUAUGGAGCUGGUGGAGAACAUGGAGGUGGCUAUGGAGGUGGUGGUGGUAGUGGUGGCGGCAGUGGUGGUGCUGCCUAUGGAGCUGGAGGAGAGUAUUAUAAGGCUAUCCGUGACCAGCAACCAUCAUCAGUUGCCAACGAUCACAUCGGCAGCCGUCAUCAAACAACAGCCAGUGAUCUGUGCCUGCAAGCACUAGGGUGCACAUCACGAUUGUCGAAACCGCUGCAUCGUCGCUAUCUUUUCCUCCAUCGAAUACAUCCAGUGUUCUCCAUUUCAGGUGUGACUGUUCCUUGA